GUGCUUGGCUCGAUCGUUGUCAUCAAGGAUCCCCUUCCCCCCACUGGCCUGUCGCGGCUGCUUGGGCUCUCCACCGACACCGUACGCAGCUCCCUGGCACGUCUUCACUCUGUGCUCAUCGUACCGGCUGCUCGAGAGUCUGCGGAGAAUAUCCAUAUAAUCCACCCGACAUUCGCCGAGUUCCUGCUCGACCCGAGCCGCUGCACGAACCGUGCAUUCACCGUCAACUCGCGGCGACAGAACACGCUGCUACUAUGGAGGUGUCUUCGUGUGCUGAAGAAGCUGAAGCGAGACAUCUGUGACAUCCGAGACCCUUCCCUGCUCAACAUCGAGGUUCCAGGCCUGCUGAACCGGAUGGAGAGCGCGAUCCCUGCACACCUGCGGUAUGCAUGUCGGCACUGGUGCACUCAUCUACUCAACGGCGAGCAGUUGGACGAGAUUCUGGACAUGCUUCUUGAAUUUGUACAAAGGCAUCUGCUACAUUGGGUGGAGGCGUGCAGCCUUCUCGGACUGUUAAGGGACGUCAUCUCAGGCAUCAAC